UGUCCUGAUCAUCAGGCACUUGGAAAAAUGUCAUCAUCAGCACCAAUGUUGGAAGAGAGGGGUCCUAGAAUCCUGAUUAGGGAGGAUACAGUCCUGGCAGGGCUGAAGGGGUGUGCCGGGUGCGGAGGGGCCCAUUUCACUUGCGCAGGAGUCACGAAACAGUGGUCGGCGUUGUGCUGGGGUAGACGAAGCGAGAAGAAAUACUAUUGUUUGCUAGUGAGCCUGUCUGCGACAUUCGUACUGAGCCUCAUCGGGACGGUUUUCUUCUGUUUCACAAAUACCCUCAACAAUGCAAUAUUAUCUAACAUGGUAAUAAGAAACAACUCAAUGGCCUUCUCGCUCUGGCGCGCUCCGACCGUGCAGCCCCUAAUGAAGGUCCACCUCUUCAACUACACCAACUGGGAGCGGGUCAGGGACGGCUACGACAGGAAACUGCAUGUGGAAGACGUCGGACCAUUCGUAUAUUCACAGAAAGUGGAGCGCGUGAACAUACAGUUUAAGGGGGACUGGCUCUCGUACCAGGAGCGGAACACGUUCCGGUACAGACCGGACAAGACGGAAGGGGCACAGUUUGACAAGGUCUUCGUACCUAACCUGCCACUCUUGGGUGUGGUGUCGAAAGUGAGAGAGAUGAACAUAAACUCCAUCGGCCAGGUGGCUUUGAACGGCGCACUGUUUUACGCCAAUCAUAAAGACGCCCUCAUCGAACUGCCAGUUCACAGGUUCCUGUGGGGUUAUGAUGAUUCAAUCAUUAACACGGCGAAGACUUAUCUAAGUCUGCAAGGACAAUUGAAAUUUACAAAUUUCGGAUUGCUUGCCACGAAAAACGGCACCGUAGACGAGCAUUUCACCAUUAACACGGGCGAACGCGACAUGAACAGAAUGAACGUCAUCGAGAGGCUCAACGGGGAAGACCAUCUCACUUAUUGGGGCAACCCGGAGUGCAAUAGUAUCGAAGCAACCGACGGCUCGAUAUUCCCCCCCUCACUACUGGAUAGAAAGACGACUUUACACGUCUUUUUCCCUCAGCUCUGCCGACGACUGCCUUUCGUUUACGAAAAAGAUGUCGUGACUGCUGACGGAAUCCAGUUGCUCCGCUACCGCAUGCCAAUGAACGUGUUCGACGACCCCACCAGCAACCCAGCCAACCAGUGCUACUGCGAAAUAGAUUCUGGCACUUGCCCACCGAGGGGCGUCACCAAUGUCACUGCUUGUGCCAUGGGUGCACCCGCUUUGGCGUCUCACCCGCACUUCUACCUCGGCGACCCAGGAUUGCGUGAAAACGUGACCGGUUUGAACCCCGACCCUGUGCUGCACGACUCUUAUGUGGACAUACAUCCGACGUUGGGCAUAUCGCUUCAUGGCAAAUCCAGCAUGCAGAUUAACAUCCAGGUGAAGAAAACGCCUAUGUUCCCCGCGCUCAGCUUCCUCGAGGAAGGCACCAUCCUGCCAAUCGCGUGGAUCGAGAUGACUGUCGAGGAGAUACCAGAAUCCCUCCGCACCAUGAUCUACCACGGCACAUUCUCGACGGCGGCAGCCCAGCUCGCGCUCACAGUCAUCUGCAUCAUCGCCCUCGCCAUCUCCUCCAUCUGUCUGUCCCUCAUGAUCUUCAGACGGAGACAGAAACCGUGCGUGACGCUGAAGAAAGUGCUCCCGACUGAAGCUGAGCUGAAGCGCUUGAAAUCCGUGUCGUGAAACGUUGGGUGACUUUUUGUGUCUCAAAUUUUGCGCCGUAGGAUAAGUUCUGGACGUUUGU